AUGGCGACCAAACCUCUGUCUCCCGCGGAGGCGGAGCUUGUCAGCUCCCUGACGGAGGACGACAUUCCCACGAAAUUGCGAUGCGCCAUUUGCAGCAAACUGGCCGUGAAUGCGUACAAGCUCCCAUGCUGUGAACAGCUGAUCGACGAGACCUGCCAUGACACUCUGCCGUCGACUUGUCCUGUCUGCGAGCACACGCCGCUUUCCGCAGCGGACUGCAACCCGAAUAAGGUGAUGCGGUCGACGAUUCGUGUCUUUAUCAAGACCGAGCUCAGGAAGCGGGAAACGAGCCGCGCCAAGCAAUCGAAAGACACGCCACCGGCGACGGCCGUGCCUGUGGAGGCCAAGGAAAGCACACAGUCUUCUGGGACGGUGGGGGUGGCUGCAGUCUUGGCUGGGGAGUCUCAGGAGGUGGAGGCAUCCUCAAAUAUAGUUGAUAACGCCGUUCAAGCGGAAAACUCUCAGAUGCAGGAGGUGGUCGUUGCGGAGCCAACAGAGGAUGCCUCGAUUAAGCACGACAACGCCAGCAGUUCUGGGGCAGCUGACAAGAUUGCAACAGAAAUUAUGGAAGGGAUUGCAGAUGUCGAACCUGCCGUUUCCCAGGUCGAUGGAGUGGUUGGAGCCGACUCCAACACCGACCCAGCAGCAGCCACCAGCAGCCAAGAGGUGGCUGAAACGGCCGAGGCGACCGAGCUGUCCGUGCCGCAGGGCGAAAAAAGUGCCACAACCAGCAGCAACGCGAAUGGCGGUGGAGGCUUUGAUGGAAGCACGACAGCCGAAAACUUUGCUGGCAUGAAUGCGAACUUCACUGGGGACUUUAGCCAGAUGCAGAUGAUGAUGGCCAUGCAAAACGGGAUGAUGCCAGCCGGCUUCGGCUUUCCUAUGAUGGGCAUGCCUGGCAUGGGCAUGGAUCCCGCAAUGCAGGGCAUGUACAUGAAUGGCGGAUUCGGGGCGCAAGGCAUGGGCAUAAACGGCAUGAACGGCAUGAACGGCUUGAACAACAUGAACAUGAUGGAUGGCGGGUUUGGCGGCUCAGGGUCCAAUAACUGGAACGGGCAACAGUCAUGGCAAAUGGCCCAAGAUAAUUUCAAUCAUCAAAAUGCUGCUGGUAUGGGCACCGGUGAUUUUGGGUCGUAUAACACAAGUUUCCAAGCAGGAUACAAUCAACCAGGUAACUUCCAACAGAACCAGUUCAAUCAGUUCCGUGGGUUCGGACGCGGACGCGGCCGUGGUCGGGGGUUCUACAACGGAUAUGGCCGUGGCGGCUUCGUCAACAACAUGGGCUAUGGACCGAACGCGAACUUUCCGGUCCAGGGCCAAGGGUUUGGACCUCAGCAGUCGAUGUAUGGCGACGGUAGCGGCAACGCGGUGAACGGCGAAGAAGCCGGCAACAACAUGACGGGCGAAGACGACAGCGCGAUGCCAGCGAGCAACGAUGGCCACGACAGCAGCAACGGCAACCAUGAUGCAGCCGGUAACAAUGCUGAUCCGGUGGAACGCAGCACAAGUCAGGCGCCUUCUCAACCAGCCGCCGAAGGUUCGGAGUCGGAGGCGGUGGAUUUGCGUGCACGAAUCCCCGUGUUCGAGUCUGGUGAUCGUAGUCGUCUACAAAACGGCGACCGCUCUGACGGAGGACCGGGUUCUGGGCCACAGGCCUUCCCGUUCAGCCCGAUGCAGAUACGAACGCACGUUGAAGGCAGUAACGGGCCGGCAGCAGCAGCCAGCGUCCCUGACAUUCCUUUGAAUGCACCGUCAGGCCCUCGCGCGAUGCGUCAAGGGCUUCCUAACACUAGUACUCUUCACCUGCGCGCACGUGGGUAUAAUAUUGACGACGGCAGCCGGACGGUCAACGCGGUCACAGGCGGCUCGGGCAAUAACAGCCCAGCGGUUGAGCAAAAGAGCCAGAGAGAGUCCCGCAGUAAUUCGGUCAGCUCGAAGCGGCGGGACUACGGCCGUUAUAGAGAGCGCAGUCGGGAUGCGAGCAAGAGCGGUGGUGGAAGCCACAGCCGAGACUAUGGCCAAGACCGGGACAGAGACCGGGAGGCAGAAGCAGACGUUGGUCAAGGCGAAGAUGGCAGCCACAAAGAGCGGCCAGCGGUGGAUGAAGUUAGCGAGGAAAAGCCGGGCGCGGAUGGGGAACGAGGCCGCGGCCGUUCUGAAUCUCGCAGCAGCCGCAGCCGAAGCCGCAGCCGAGACGGCCAGACAGACGAUGCCAAGCACAAGCGGAACUACUCUGAAGUUUCAGCAGCAGAUGUGCAGCAAGAAGCGGCACCGCAGCGACGUGGCCGUCAGCGAGGCAGAAGACGGCGUGGACGCAGAGGAGGCGACAAGAAGGCAGAUGAGCCACCAGCACCUGCACGACUAGACGACGGACACGGGCGCACAGGACGAUCGCGGUCGGCGUCGCCGCCACGGGACGAUCUCAGACGGCCUGGCAGUCGUGGACACCGAAGCCGCAGGGAUCGCGAGAAGGAGAGAGAGCGGGAAAGAGAGCGGGAUGAUUACCGGCGACGAUCGCACAGGGACGACGAACACGAUCGGGAGCGGGAGCGAGAUAGGGACCGAGAACGCGACCGUGAGCAUCGGGACCGCGAUUGGGAUCGGGAUCGGGAGCGAGACCGAGACCGCGACCGCGACCGGGAUGAUGAUCGAAGCCGUAACAAGGAGAGAGCUCGCGAUCGGGAUCGAGAGCGGGAUCGAGAGCGAGAGCGGGAACGGGAACGGGAACGAGACCGUGGGCGUGAUCGUGACCGGGAACGGGACCGGGAGCGUGACCGGAACCGAGAUCGAGACAGAGACCGCAGUCACGGACGCGACCGUGAUCGAGAGAGAGCGAGAGAUGGAAACGGGCAAGGAGCAGGACCUGGAAGCAGCUCGCAGGCGGCUCCCAAUGGUCCUAAAGGGGCUGCAGGGCCAUCUGGGGCGGCGGCUGGAAAGGGCAGCCUGGACCCGUAUGCGGCCGAGCGUGAGCGGCGGAUGCGCGAGCGGAUGGUGGCAGAAAAGCAGAAGAUUGCCGGGAUAUCAACCCUCGCAGGAUCGAAGCGCGGUCGCGACGACUUUGAAGAGGGUGGUGGCCAAAACGGCAGUGGAGGCGGCGGUGGAGGUGGCGGUGGAGGUGGCGGUGGAGGAGGAGGAGGUGGAGGUCGACGAAGCCGGCGCAGAGGCCGUAGAGGCGAAGCAAUUGCUACGGAAGACGCCGGACAAAGGCUUCGACGCAGCGAGGCUGAGCGAGACGGUGGUCAGAGAUAG